AUGGCGUCGACGGACCGUGACGCACUGGUUGCUCUAUACAAGGCGACCGACGGGGCGAAUUGGAGAAACAGGAGAAACUGGAAUACUGAUGCACCGCUAGGGCAAUGGGACGGGGUCAAAGUCAACGACCAGGGCCGCGUGGUGAAGUUGGAGCUGGACACAAACAACCUAAGUGCCAUCCCACCGGAGCUGGGGAACCUGGCAGCACUGCAAACGCUUAACCUCGGGUGGAACCAGUUGAGCGGUCAUAUCCCUCCGGAGCUAGGGAAGCUUGGCGCGUUGAAGACACUCGAACUCAGCGCCAACAAGUUAGAUGGUCAUAUCCCUCCGGAGCUAGGGAAGCUUGGCGCGUUGAAGACACUCGAACUCAGCGCCAACAAGUUAGAUGGAACGAUACCGGAGGCGCUAGGGAAGCUGACUGCGUUGCAGGGGCUUUAUCUGCAUCGCAACAAACUCUCAGGCAACAUCCCGCCAGAGCUAGGAGAUCUCCGACAGGUGCAGAAGCUGUGGCUCAACCACAAUCACCUCACAGGCCAUAUCCCGCCUCAGCUCGGACAGCUUGGCGCCCUGAAGACCCUCGACCUCUCCAUGAACAAGUUAGAUGGCAACAUCCCGCCAGAGCUAAGAGAUCUCCGACAGCUGCAGUGGCUGUGGCUCAGCAACAACCACCUCACAGGUCCCAUUCCGCCGGCGCUAGGAAAGCUCGCAGCGCUUCGAGAGCUAAACCUCGGCGAGAACCAGCUAAGCGGACCCAUCCCCAAGGAGCUGGGAGCACUUAGUAGGCUGGAGACGCUUUGGCUCAACGACAACAACCUCACAGGCAACAUCCCGCCAGAGCUAGGAGAUCUCCGACAGCUGCAGACGCUAUAUCUCAACGGCAACCGCCUGACAGGACCCAUCCCCAAGGAGCUGGGAGCACUUAGUAGGCUGGAGAACCUUUGGCUCCACCGCAACAACCUCACAGGUCUCGGCGAAACCGAGGAUGCAUUGCGACUGGUGGAGAGGCUCGGAGACAAUCUGCUUCUGCAAAACAAUCCGUGGAUCAUGCCGCCCGAGGGUGUGGUGGAGGCGGGAUUGACUGCCGUCAAGAGAUACCUCGUGGACGUUCAAGAGACCAAGAAGGCCGGGGCUGAUGUCACGUCCCUCCAGCUUCUCAAGGUGGUCUUGGUUGGCUCGGCUUCGGCUGGAAAGACUAGUUUGAUGCAGAGCAUCAUCGCGGGCCGUGGCUCCCCGACGAAGGGGACGCCAGCGCAGGCGAGUACCGUGGGGAUGGAGCUGCGUCCUCAUCAGCUCCAGGACACAAAAGUUGAGUUCUUCGACUGCGCUGGACAGGUCGACUACGCCGGAAUGCACCAGACAUUUCUCACACGACGGGCUCUGUACCUGCUGGUGGUGGAUAUCACGAAGUACCACGGUGUGGACGACCUUGACAAGGCCAUCCACGACGACAUCAUGCGGUGGCUGUACUACCUGUACCGUCGGGCGCCAGGGUCCACUGUGGUCCUGGUUGCGAACAAGUGCGACGGCUCGAUUGACAAAUUCGCAGAGACCACCGAGAAGGUCCAACGACGUGUACGCGAGCUGGUGGCCGUAUGGCACGAGGCCCGCGGUCUUCGUGGCCGGAGUAAAGGUCAUGUGACGGACUUGACUCUUCUUCCAGGCAUGAGCCGCGUAAGCUGCCAGGAGGAGGGCUCCCCGGAGGCUUCGGGUCUCCCCGCGCUGAUUGCUCUGAUCUCACGCCAGGCUGCGACGGCUAUCCACGUGCCGCCCGCCUGGGACCUUGCCCUCGAAGUGAUUGGCGCCCUGAGGGCUAGCUGCAAUCCGAUUGCGGCUGCCCGGGACAAGCUCGGUUUGCCCAACCCGCUCCCAGCCGACGGCGUGGCGGAUGUGCACGCCUUCGCUUUCAUCUCGAAGGACGAGCUUUCGCGCAAGUGGAGAAGCGUCGUGGACAACCUCCGAGGUGAUGUACCGGCGGCGACGAUUUCCAACUGGCAAAGCGCUCUGGAGGGUGCGCUGUGGAUCAGUGAUUUUGCCGGCCACACGCUCCGUGUUGAUGGUGGCGACGGUAUCUUCCUGGACGUGUUGUGGCUCUCGAAGUGCUUGAGUCCUAUCCUCAGCCACAAGCUCAAGAAUCAACCCUUCGAAAACCGUUGGCUCUGGAUGAGAGACGACCUAGCCGGCGACGGGAUUCUACGGCGGGAGUUUGCCUUGCAUAUCUGGAGCGAAAGUGUCGGUAACGUAGUGAUGGAGUCGGAGGAGGUCGCGGAGGCUCUUUUUAGCGUCCUUAUUAAGUUGGGUGUGGCUCUUCCCAUGGGGCGUAGAACGCUUUUAGCCCACUCCGAUCGCAGUACGCCCACAGCCCCCAGUGACGUCAGCGGCUCGAAUGACAUGCUUGUGAUCAUGCGACUAUCAGAGACGUGCUACGGGCACCAGCGAACGCUGUUCGACGGCCUUGCCUCUAAGAUGCCGCGUGACCGGGUGGAGGCGGGAGCGUGUUGGCGAUACGGCGCCGUGUUCAAGAGUCAUGACAUGAAGUUUGUUGAAGGCAACGUUCGGUUGUACACGGUCGCUCUCAGCAUGACGAGCUACAACGAAUCGGAGCGGGUGUUCACGGCGAGGGUGUUCGGGCCACUUGAUAAUAAGAGGGUGUGGGUGGCUAUCCGCUACGUGGCGUCGGCAAUGAUCAACUUGUCCAAGGAGUGGCCUGGAGUGCUGUGGACGGGAUGGCUAGAUUGUGAGAAGCAUCCCUUGCAGCACCUUUACCUGGCGUCAUCGGUUGAGGCAAGGGUCGGUGACCCCCUUCUUCCCGCAGCAGCUCCGGAUGCUCGAAGGUGCGACUGCCUGUUGGAACCGGGUGGGGUGCUCAGGCUGGCUGUCGAGAAUCUUGGCCCCGUGAUUGAUACCGGAAAAGGCCUAUCAGAUGAGGACACGGAGGACCCUGUUGCAUGCAACUGUGUGCGCGAGGCAUUCGGUCGCUGGCAACCGCACGCUUGGCGAACUGCCAAAUGGCUUUUUGGGCUUGCCGUGGUGCUCUUCACCACAGCUGUCGUCGCAGGCAUCGUGGACGACGAGGACGCCCUCUGGAAGAGUUCGUUGGGGGUCUGUUGUCUCUUGAUUUUGUUAGCCGUGGUAGCUUCGGUGUUCGCGUACUGCGGGGAUCGUGAACAGGGACAGAGUGGGGGGCAACAUGGAACGCCCGAGGACGUCGUUGCGGCCUUUGCAUGA